GAAGAGGACUAGAUGUAUCCCUGAUGUGGUUUUCCAGUUUCUAUCUAAAACGUCAGAACGGUUACUUGUUAGUCUUCUCAUACCGUUAAUUUUAGUGGCACGUGUUUGAGAGUUCUGGAAAUGGCGUUAAGUUUGAGUUUCCACAGAGAGCGAUGAACUUGUAAAAAUGGAAUCUGUCAGUUUAUGUUUUUCUUUCCCGACAACUAAUUUUCUGAAGUUGCUUUAGUGAUAGCCUUAUUUCCUCUUUUGGGGGCACUGGAAGGAUUCUGAACCCUCUGUUUGGAAAUGAGCUAAAGCAACGCUGUGGCGCGUGUCCGCCGAGGAGCGUGGCUGCCGUACGGCACCAGGGGAACUUUUAUGUGACACGCACACAAAUUUCUUUAAAAAAAAAAAAAAAGACUGCAAUUUGCAUCUUUGCUUUUAUUCCCCUUUUUUUUUUGGUGCAUGUCUUCGUAUCUUUUCUCUCUUGCUUGUUUGACUUUCUGGCAUUCAUUCAAAUUCUUGAUAAGUUACCGUAGUUUUUAGAACUUUUUUUUCACACCGUGUCUUGUGUAAGUUGGUGACUAGGGUGCAGAGAUGUUUAGGACAAGCUGAUCUCACUGGUGGAAACUAUGUCGAAGAUGAGAAUGAGAAUCAGCCUUGUGAUGGCCAUGAGAAAUGAGGCCGCCUCUGCUGUGGGAGCAGCCUGGUCCUCACGUGCUUUUGUGCUGCCUGGGUUCGACAGCAGGUAGCGGGGCCUGUCAGCAAAAACUCCCCUCCAGCCAAACUGUGCACCGGGCAUUUGACCAGGAGCCACCCCUGGGAUCUAGCAUGAGGCUCAUGUUUGCUGCAUGGACGCUCUCAAGAUCUGGCUUCUGGCUUCUUGGCGUUCUUGGUAAUAACUGCCUGACCUGUAUCUUCCAGAUAAUCGUUAUGUACCUUCAGGUGUUAGAGUGUGAGCGUAACCAGCACCUGGUCCAGACCUCAUGGGUAGCCUCUGAGGGUAAGUGACUAAGACUUCUCCUCUACUGUCCAAGCGCUUUGGUGCAGGGACAGCGGCCGUCCUCAGCCAGUCCAGUGCAGGCUCUCCGCCGAAGGCCGGCUCUAGACGGUGGUAUGCUCUCGAUAGUAUAGUGCUGGCCGACUGCUGCUGUGGUUCUCUGCCGGUUGUGCUUCUUGUAAUCCUCUGUCGUGCUUUGGUAAUUGUAUCGAUUAGAGUUAACUGUCUUGACUUGAAUUUUGUCCCUUUAAAACUGCUGUUCUUGUGCAAUAAAGAUGCAGUACCUUUCUCUUAAAAAUUGUUUCUACGGAAAGCCGUUAAGAAUUGGCUGAUGGGAAUUCAGACUUCAGAGUGGGAUUAUGUCAUUAUUCCUGGAAGUCCUAAAGUUGCUCUUUUCAGCAGCUGAGUAUUGACACGUUUUAGUAAAAGACUCCUUAUUGAAAUGGGACAAUUUGGAAACGGUUCUUUGAUAAGCCUGAGAAGAGGACUUCCCUUUGGGCAUUGAGUCUUCCUCUGCAUGAUGUUCCCAUGCACCCAAGGGUGUUUUCCCUUUCCAAGUGGACUCCAUCACGGAACGAGAAGGGCCAGACCCUGAGCGCCUCUUCAAGGAAAAGGGACACGAGAGGACGGCUUGUCUCCGAAGAGCCCUCGCAGGCUGCCUGCUCAGCCCAUUCAUUUGAGUUUGCAUGUUUCUCUGCACUAUGGAUUUUGAGCAUUUAGAUUCCUUUCAUCAAGUACAUUUCAACCGCUACGGUAGACCUUUUUUCUCUGAGGCAUUGUGCUUUGCACGAGAGCAGCCAGAAGUUGAGGGAAAAGUAAAGUUAAAGUCGGUUCUCUUUCAUAGCAACACGUGUUGUCUGACAUUCAGCCAGCUUUUUAGAUUUUUUUCCAGUAAUUUCCCUGUUUUCCUAUCCUGUACUCAACAAAACCCAGCUAGAAUGUCUCUCCAGGAAUCCUGAGCCUCACAGGACUGUGUAGCUCUAAGCCUAGGAGUAGACUGCGUAGAGUAGUGAUCUUGUGUAGACGGCGCACACGGGUAUCCUGGGGGUGCCCGGGGCGUUGCAGUUCCUCCUGCCUUUGGUUUUCAGGAAUUACAUGAACGAUAGCCUUCGCACAGACGUCUUCGUGAGGUUCCAGCCUGAGAGCAUCGCCUGCGCCUGCAUUUAUCUUGCUGCCCGGACACUGGAGAUCCCUUUGCCCAAUCGUCCCCACUGGUUUCUUUUGUUUGGAGCAACUGAAGAAGAAAUUCAAGAAAUCUGCUUAAAAAUUCUGCAGCUUUAUACCCGGAAAAAGGUUGAUCUGACACACCUUGAAAGCGAAGUGGAGAAGAGAAGGCACGCCAUCGAAGAGGCCAAGGCACAGGCCAAGGGCUUGCUGCCUGCUGGCACCCAGGUCCUGGACAGCACUUCAGGGUUCUCACCUGCCCCCAAGCUGGCAGAAUCCCCCAAAGAAGGUAAAGGAAACAAGCCUUCCCCCCUGUCUGUGAAGAACGCCAAGAGGAAGAUGGAGGGCAUGAAGAAAGCCAAGGCUGACAGCCCGGUGAACGGCUUGCCAAAGGGGCGAGGGAGCCGAAGCCGGAGCGGGAGUCGUGAGCAGAGCUACUCGAGGUCCCCGUCACGAUCUGCUUCUCCUAAGAGGAGGAAAAGUGACAGUGGCUCCACGUCUGGCGGGUCCAAGUCGCAGAGCCGCUCACGGAGCAGGAGUGACUCCCCACCGAGACAGGCGCACAGAGGUGCUCCCUACAAAGGCUCCAAGGUAAGGAGCUAUCGGAAGUCUAAGGACUGCAAGUACCCCGCCCAGAAGCCACACAAGUCCCGGAGCCGGAGCUCCUCUCGCUCUCGAAGCCGCUCACGGGAGCGGCCAGAUAAUUCUGGGAAAUACAAGAAGAAAAGUCAUUACUAUAGAGAUCAGCGAAGGGAGCGUUCUCGGUCUUACGAGCGAACAGGCCAUCGCUACGAGCGGGAUCACCCUGGGCACAGCAGGCAUCGGAGGUGAGGCGUGGGGCUCCCAGAGCGCUGCCCUUUGACCCUUGGUGUGCACACCCCGGUGUGACUGGCCCUGUGGUGAGACUCUUUUUGGAAGCGGCUGUUGACUCUGGACCUUGUGAUGAGUUUGGAGAUGGAAUCCAGAGGCCGGCGAGGUGCCCUUUAGGCCGGCCUGGGCACGGCGCACAGCUGUGCCGGCACAGGGCCCACCUCAGCAGCAGCCCCGUGGCUGCUGGAUGUGGACGUCCUGGUGGUGUGGCUUGGUGCUAACGACAGGCUGUGUCUUUACUCCCGUACCGAUACUGAAUUACGUUAAACCAAGAAAAUGACUAUUAGAAUCUUUGCCUAUAUUAGGUUGUACUUAUGUACAUAUUUUGCAGCAUUUCACAAUGAGAAAUGGCCUUAAUAGCCCCUUAUUCUCUAUCCACCUUGUAAAUAAACAUGUGUUUAAUACAAGUUAAAGCUAUAUAUGAAAACUGAGAACUUGAAUUCCGUCAGCUUAAAACUUGUGUAGAGAAUUCGGAUUUUUAAAAUGUGAAGGUAUUUAGAUCUGUGUUGAAAGUCGUAUAUUUUUAUCUGUGCGAUGCUGAGUGCAGGCCACCAGCUCCUAAAUAGAGAAGUUUCCUAUAUAUGCAUUUUACGUGGUUAAAUAAACAAUUCUCUCUACUCAGGACAUUUGGACGCUGAA